AUGUCGGAUUCUGAUACCAAGUUGAUUGAUGUGGAGGCACCGCAGCCUCUGGAACAGCCUGGAGAGCAGCAUGAGCUGCAAUUGGUGGGACCUGUGGGUGCCACCAUCGAGGUGCCCAGUCUGGAUAGCACUCCAAAGCUAUCGAAAAGGAACAGUUCGGAGAGAAGUCUACCCUUGAGGAGCUACAGCAAAUGGUCACCCACGGAGCAGGGAGCCACUCUGGUCUGGCGGGAUCUUUGCGUAUACACCAAUGUGGGUGGCUCCGGGCAGCGGAUGAAGCGGAUCAUCAAUAACUCAACGGGGGCCAUUCAACCGGGCACUCUGAUGGCUCUAAUGGGCUCGAGUGGCUCCGGGAAAACAACACUUAUGUCGACUUUGGCCUUUCGACAGCCGGCCGGGACUGUGGUUCAAGGCGACAUUCUGAUUAACGGCCGUCGCAUCGGGCCCUUCAUGCAUCGCAUCAGUGGUUAUGUCUAUCAAGAUGAUCUCUUCAUUGGAUCACUGACGGUGCUGGAGCAUCUUAACUUUAUGGCCCAUCUCCGCUUGGAUCGUCGAGUGUCCAAGGAGGAGCGUCGCCUCAUCAUUAAUGAAUUGCUGGAGCGAACAGGUCUCCUCUCCGCUGCCCACACACGGAUUGGCAGUGGGGAUGACAAGAAGGUUCUAUCAGGAGGAGAACGCAAAAGACUCGCCUUUGCCGUGGAGCUGCUGAACAAUCCGGUGAUCCUUUUCUGUGACGAACCCACCACCGGCCUGGACUCUUUCAGUGCCCAACAGUUGGUGGCCACACUGUAUGAAUUGGCCCAGAAGGGAACCACCAUCCUGUGCACUAUCCAUCAGCCCAGCUCUCAGCUCUUUGACAACUUUAACAAUGUGAUGCUUUUGGCCGAUGGUAGAGUGGCCUUUACAGGAUCACCUCAGCAUGCUUUGAGCUUCUUUGCCAAUCAUGGAUACUAUUGUCCGGAGGCUUACAAUCCAGCAGACUUUUUGAUUGGAGUCCUGGCCACAGAUCCUGGCUAUGAGCAGGCUUCGCAACGAUCUGCUCAGCAUUUAUGCGAUCAGUUUGCUGUAAGUUCAGCGGCCAAGCAGCGGGAUAUGUUGGUGAAUCUGGAGAUUCACAUGGCACAGUCCGGGAAUUUCCCUUUUGACACUGAGGUGGAAUCCUUCCGGGGUGUGCCCUGGUACAAGCGGUUCCACGUGGUCUGGCUGAGGGCAUCGCUGACCCUGCUGAGGGAUCCUACUAUACAAUGGAUGCGAUUCAUCCAAAAGAUAGCCAUGGCUUUUAUCAUAGGCGCCUGCUUUGCUGGCACCACGGAACCAUCGCAACUUGGAGUGCAGGCGGUCCAGGGAGCCCUCUUUAUCAUGAUAUCGGAGAAUACUUACCAUCCCAUGUACUCUGUGCUUAACCUAUUCCCCCAGGGAUUCCCUCUGUUCAUGAGGGAGACACGCUCGGGAUUGUAUUCCACGGGACAAUAUUAUACCGCCAAUAUAUUGGCUAUGUUACCUGGAAUGAUAAUUGAACCAUUUUUGUUUGUCAUUAUCUGCUAUUGGCUGACGGGUCUGAGGUCCACAUUUUAUGCCUUUGGAGUGACUGCCAUUUGUGUGGUUUUGGUAAUGAAUGUGGCCACCGCUUGCGGUUGCUUCUUCUCCACAGCCUUCAAUUCGGUUCCCCUGGCAAUGGCUUACCUGGUGCCAUUGGAUUAUAUAUUUAUGAUCACCUCUGGUAUUUUUAUUCAAGUGAACUCUCUACCUGUGGCCUUUUGGUGGACACAAUUUCUUUCCUGGAUGCUUUAUGCCAAUGAGGCCAUGACCAUAGCUCAGUGGUCCGGUGUGCAGAAUAUAACCUGCUUCCAGGAGAGUGCCGAUUUGCCCUGCUUCCAUACUGGCCAGGAUGUGCUGGACAAGUACAGCUUCAAUGAGAGUAAUCUCUAUAGGAAUAUCAUGGCCAUGGUAGGUCUGUUCUUUGGGUUUCAUCUCCUGGGUUACUAUUGCCUUUGGCGACGGGCCAGAAAACUUUGAGGGGCCCUCAGUUGGAGUGCUGUAAAUAUAUAUAACAACUACGAUGCUAUUGAUUUGAUCUAAUAAAUAAU